AUGUUCGAGGACGAGACGACGCUGACAUGGACCGGGUUCUUCGCGUUCGUCGCCGUCGCGAUGAGCGUGACGCAGAUCAUCAUGCACCUGCACCGGUACACGCAGCCCGCGCACCAGCGGUUCAUCAUCCGCGUGAUCUUCAUGGUGCCAACCUACGCGCUGUGCUCGUGGUUCUCCCUCGUCGAUCGCGACGCGUCGCUCUACCUCGAGACGUUCCGCGACUGCUACGAAUCGUGGGUCGUGUACAACUUCCUGUCGCUGUGCCUCGCGUACGUCGGCGGGCCCGGGAACGUCGUCAACCGGCUGGGCGGGAAGGAGAUCGUCCCUUCGUGGUGGCACGCCACGUGUUGCCUCCCCAGGAUGCACGUGGACGGACCGUACAUUCGCGCGUGCAAACGCGGCGCCCUUCAGUUUGUCUUCCUCAAGCCCAUCCUCGCGAUGCUGACGCUCAUCCUGACGUGGUGCGGCGUCUACGGCGAUCAAGAGAUCAAAGGCGACAAGGCGUACCCGUACAUCGCGUUCGUGUAUAACUUGUCGUACACCGUCGCGUUGUACUCGCUUUUGCUGUUUUACCUCGGCGCGCACGAGCUCCUGCAGCCGUACAAACCACUCCUGAAGUUCGUCUUGGUCAAGGCGGUCAUCUUCCUGACGUUCUGGCAGUCGAUCCUAUGCGCGAUUCUCGUGAGCGAUGGCGUCUUGAAGGAUGGGAAGGAUGGCCGCGCGUUGCAAAACGUUUUAAUUUGCGUCGAGAUGAUCAUCGCCGCGCCGAUGAUGUUGUUCGCGUUUCCGUCGACGCCGUACGCGGACUCGAGCAAGAUGCACGGGAUAUCGUUGAAGAACAUCGGGCACGCCAUCUCGCUAAACGACGUCGUGUCCGACACCGUGCAUCAGUUCGCGCCGACGUACCAGGAGUACGUCCUGCACGGCACCGAGGGCGGCGCGGCGAGGAAGUACCGCAUGAAGACGCACGUGUUGAUGGGGCAAGAGAUG